AUGGGCUCGGACGUCUGGGUCGGCCCUUGGCGGCCGCACCGGCCCCGCGGCCCCAUCGCGGCGCUUCACAGCGGCCCGGGGCCCAAAUACAAGCUGCCCUCCAACACGGGCUACACGCUGCACGAUCCGUCGCGGCCCCGCGCCCCCGCCUUCACCUUCGGCCUGCGCCUCCCCGCGCAGCAGACGUCGUGCGGCCCCGGGCCCGUUCACUUGGUGCCUGCGCGCAUGACGGCGCGCGGCCUGGACGGCACGCCCGCCUACUCCAUCCACGGCCGCCCGCGCCCGGCAGCGCCCAGCCUCACUCCCGGACCGGGCAGGUACUUCCCGGAGCGGGCGGGCAACGCGACGUACCCCAGCGCACCUCGUCACACCAUCGCCCCCCGAAACUGGGGCACCCCCGCGGGGCAGCACACCCCAGGCCCCGGGACCUACACAGUCCCCUCGCUCCUCGGCCCGCGCGUCGUUGGUAAAGCCUCGGCCCCGACCUACUCCAUCUACGGCCGCAGCGCAGUGGGCAGCGUUUUCGAGGACCUCACCAAGACCCCGGGGCCCUGCGCCUACCACGUGGUGAACCCUGGCGUCUACAAGUCUCGGGCCCCUCAGUUCACGAUGCUGGCGCGGACUUCGCUCCCCCAAGACAACAGCCUGACCCCUGGGCCCGCAGCCUACAAUGUGGACCAGGUGACCGGAGGCCCAGGGACAAGGCACCGGAAGCCUCGCGGCUGGAGCUUCGGGAUCCGGCACUCGGACUAUCUGGCCCGCAUCGUGCCCCACGUGGACGACUGA